AUGCGCCGUGUUCAAAUGCUGCUACGUGACCAUCAGUACAUCUUCCCCGGUGACAUAGAGCGGCAGCUCGAUUGUUCGAAGCCAUAUGAGCACCCACUCAUCGUCGAAGCCAUCAGUACAGGCUUCUUCAAGCAUCGGACUUCAGUUGGUAAUGCCCAUCAAGCUGAACUGGUCUCCAGCCUCCCUGACGAGUAUCCGGAUGAGCUGGAGCUCCCUGGCUGUAUGGUUGCGGCAGCGGCAACUUGUGUGUAUGCCUCCCUACGUGAGUGGGAGUCGGGCUAUCAUGCCAGUAUCAAGUAUAGUGCCACGUCAUACGCCAACGUGUUCGAUGAGCACAUGGAGAUCCUAGGAACAAUUCGUAAGGAUAAGCCUCAUAACUAUCACCAGAUAAUGUCAAGGCUGUUGAAGCUUGUUCGUAAUGGGAAGAGUCAGUCUCAUGAUACAUCUGUUAGCAAUACCUUACGUUUGAUCAAAUUCUCGUAA